UAAGCAAAGACUUGUUAAUUUCUAGGAGGAGGCUCCAAUUAAGCACUUGCGAACGCAAUAGAAUCACAUUUAUCUUUCUGAAAAAAAACUAUAUAUAAGUUCUGGCCAUGGGAGUACUCUCGAAGCUUUUGCAGUUAAUCUCAUUCAAUGGAGUGAUACUACUGUUAAUUGCGAUGGUGGCAGCAGCGGCAGCUCAAGCCAAGCCUGUCUGCGACAACAUGUGUGGGGGUGUAGAAAUUCCAUAUCCAUUUGGCUUGAGUACUAGUGAAGAAUGCUACUUGGGCAAGAACUUCAAUAUCAGUUGUAAUAGCUCUGAUCAUACUCCAAUUAUAGGCAAUGUCCGUGUCACAAACAUAUCCAUUAAGGCGCAUGAAAUGCAUGUCAUGGCAAGAGUAGCCCAAGCCUGUUACCAUGCGAAUGGUUCCCUCGAAUCCAAUUUUCCAACCUGGUUCAGCGCAGGAAUAUUCACCAUUUCUACAACAAAAAAUCAGUUCGUUGUUCUUGGCUGUGACACUACGGGCAUUAUUAGUGGAUUAAGAAACGGAACACACUACUCGACAGGGUGCAUAUCUCGAUGUAAUAACCGUAGCGAUGCGAUCAACAGAUCUUGCUCUGGCGUUGGCUGUUGCAACAUAGGGUUUCCAGAUGGCUUAGAAUAUUAUGAAGUGGAUCUUUCAAGCUUUGAAAAUAACACAAACGUAAGGAACUUCAAUCCUUGCAGCUAUGCUUUUGUUGUCCAAAAAGAAAAAUUCAUCUUCUCCACGGAUUACCUUCAGAAACGGCCACGCGAAAGGCGUCCAAUAGUGCUUCAUUGGGCAAUUGGGAAUGAAACCUGCGACGAAGCUCGGAGAAAACCGGAUUUCACAUGUCGGGAUCAGAAUAGUGAAUGCCAUGAUCCAAAAACCAGGCGGGGGUACCAAUGCAAAUGCAAGCAGGGUUACCAAGGGAACCCAUACCUCCCUGACGGUUGCAAAGACAUUGACGAAUGUAAGGAUCAAACUCAUAAAUGCAGCAGAGUGGAAGGCUGUGUCAACACAGAAGGCAACUAUACAUGUCGUUGCCCCAAGUGGUACCGUGGGGACGGAACAAAAGAUGCCGAAGGCUGUGCUGCGGAUUUCGUACUAAUUAUUCAGAUUGCCAUUGGUGUUGGAGUAGGCUUUAUUUGUAUGCUUGUGUUUACCUCUUGGUUGUACUUCAUAUACAAGAAAAGAAAGAUAAUGAAGCUUAGAGAAAAGUUCUUUCAACAAAAUGGAGGCUUGAUUUUAAAACAGCGGCUCGGUAGACAAUUAGAAGGAUCCACAGAAACAAUCAAAAUUUUUACCAUUGAACAGCUACAGAAGGCUACCAAAAACUAUGUUAUAUGCACUCUACAGCCUCAAUACCUAUAA